UGCUGUAAACAUUUCAAAUUCAUAUAUAAUCAUAUAAUCAUAAGCAUUUUAGACGAACCCGCAAAUCGUUAAUUAAUCACGUCAAUAGUAACGAUGCAGGAAGCUGAAGAGACUGCUCCGUUGCACGACGAUUCUCAACCUGGAGGUGAAACGAGAUCGCAAUCCUCCGCCACGACGAAGGUGCCGGAGGUGGAGAUCCAUCUGUUUCUGACUGAUAGAGGUAUGAAUCCGAUCGAUGUUUUCAAGUGGACUCUCGGAGGUAAGGAGCAGGGUCAGCUCGAGGUUCGACCUAUUCUUUAUAAAUAUGGAUUAAAAAAAAUCUUCGCUUUCACCGUUGACGAAGCUCGAGGCUUCUGCGUCCCCAUCCGAUUUAACCCUCAGGAGUACGGCCGGUCUCUGCUGACGUACGAAGAUGGUACCGUCGUUCACAUCAUAGCUGAACCUAAGAAUCGUGUGAUCGAAGCCAUCCAAAAAUCAGUGAUUGGAGCCGUGUUUGCUUGGCUGUUAAAUACGUUUCUAGUGAGGCGCCCUCCAGCGUGGAUCAAGAACAACUUUUCCAUUACGGACUUGCCUCUGUGGGCGGUCGUGUGCAUAUUCAUAGUACUCAUGCUAGUAAGGAUGAAUCGCAUAGACAUUUACAGGAAGCUUGGGUGGUUAUAAUAUCACAGUUCCUAACACUCGUCUGGCUUGAAAUGUGGCUUGUCUUAACCCAACAAGUUCCCUUCCUUUGUUAACCACUCUUCGUUGCUUUGAUAAUUCCCCGUGCGCCAAUAAGCUUGCUUUCAAAACCAAGAGAGAGCAAUCAUUUUAUCGUAUUUGCAUCUUGUUGAACUUGAUAUAAAGCUUUGAUCCAAAAACUUAUUUUCUUUUCACCUUGGUUAGAGCAUCAAAAUAAAGCCAA